GCUGAGGCUGCAGCAGGAGGAUCCAGGAUCCAGGAGCAGAGCAUCCUUGGACCCUUCCCCAUCACCAGCCCAGCCGAGAGAGCCCUGCCGCUCUGCCGCUGUGGGGUGACCACCAAGCAGCCCCCCAGGAGCCCUGCCCGGGAUCGCCUUCCUCCUCCAUCAUUCCUAGAGCCCCCCAAAGGCCACCACCAUCCCCAGCCAUGACCACAGAAGCCAACGAGUGCAGCAUCAAGGUCCUCUGUCGGUUCCGGCCCUUGAACCAGUCGGAGAUCAUCCGAGGAGAUAAGUUCAUCCCGGUUUUCCAAGGCGAUGACACCGUCAUCAUUGGGGGCAAGCCUUAUGUCUUUGAUCGUGUUUUCCCUCCUAACACCACCCAGGAGCAAGUGUACCAUGCCUGUGCCAUGCAGAUUGUCAAAGAUGUGCUGGCUGGGUACAAUGGUACCAUCUUUGCCUAUGGGCAGACAUCCUCUGGGAAAACUCACACAAUGGAGGGUAAGCUGCAUGAUCCUCAGCUCAUGGGUAUCAUCCCACGCAUUGCCCAGGACAUCUUCAACCACAUCUACUCUAUGGAUGAGAACCUGGAAUUUCACAUUAAGGUUUCCUACUUUGAAAUCUACUUGGACAAAAUCCGUGAUCUGCUAGAUGUGACCAAGACCAAUCUCUCGGUUCAUGAGGACAAGAAUCGUGUGCCAUUUGUGAAGGGCUGCACUGAACGUUUUGUUUCCAGCCCUGAGGAAAUCCUAGAUGUCAUCGAUGAGGGAAAAUCCAACCGUCAUGUGGCAGUCACCAACAUGAAUGAGCACAGUUCCCGCAGCCACAGCAUCUUCCUCAUCAACAUCAAGCAGGAGAACAUGGAGACUGAGCAGAAACUAAGUGGGAAGCUUUACCUGGUGGAUCUGGCUGGCAGUGAGAAGGUCAGCAAGACAGGAGCUGAGGGUGCUGUGCUGGAUGAGGCUAAGAACAUCAACAAGUCCCUGUCUGCACUCGGCAAUGUCAUCUCAGCCUUGGCUGAAGGAACGAAGGGCUAUGUCCCCUACCGUGACAGCAAAAUGACCCGCAUCCUUCAGGACUCCCUGGGUGGAAACUGCCGCACAACAAUGUUUAUCUGCUGCUCCCCUUCCAGCUAUAAUGAUGCUGAGACCAAAUCUACUCUCAUGUUUGGACAACGGGCCAAGACAAUCAAGAAUACAGCAUCAGUGAAUCUGGAGUUGACAGCAGAGCAGUGGAAGAAGAAGUUUGAGAAGGAGAAGGAGAAGAACAAGGUCCUGAAGGAGACAAUUGCCAAGCUGGAAGCUGAACUAGGCCGCUGGCGCAAUGGUGAGAAUGUCCCAGAAACAGAGCAGCUGAGUGACGAUGAGAAAGUGGUGCCUGACACUUGUGAUGAGACACCUAUUAAUGAUAACAACUCCUCCAUUGUCAUCCGGAUCUCAGAUGAGGAGCGGCACAAAUAUGAGGAAGAGAUCCGUAAACUCUACAAGCAGCUUGAUGACAAGGAUGAUGAAAUUAAUCAGCAGAGCCAACUGAUGGAGAAGCUCAAGCAGCAGAUGCUGGACCAGGAGGAGCUGCUAAUGUCAACACGUGGGGACAAUGAAAAGGUGCAGCGAGAGCUAAGCCACCUGCAGUCAGAGAAUGAUUCUGCCAAGGAAGAGGUGAAGGAGGUGCUCCAGGCUCUGGAGGAACUGGCUGUCAACUAUGAUCAGAAAUCACAGGAAGUGGAAGAGAAAAGCCAGCAGAAUCAGUUGUUGGUGGAUGAGCUGUCCCAGAAGGUGGCCACCAUGCUGUCUUUGGAAUCAGAGUUGCAGAGGCUCCAGGAGUUCAGUGGACAUCAGCGCAAGCGCAUUGCUGAGGUACUCAAUGGCCUCAUGAAGGAUCUGAGUGAGUUCAGUGUCAUCGUGGGCAAUGGCGAGAUCAAGCUGCCAGUAGAAAUUAGUGGCGCCAUUGAGGAGGAAUUCACUGUUGCCCGGCUCUACAUCAGCAAGAUCAAAUCGGAAGUGAAGUCAGUUGUGAAGCGCUGCCGGCAACUGGAGGGCCUACAAGUCGAAUGUCACCGCAAGAUGGAGGUGACCGGACGGGAACUGUCUUCCUGUCAGCUCCUCAUCUCUCAGCAUGAGGCUAAGAUCCGUUCACUCACGGAGUACAUGCAGAGCGUGGAGCUGAAGAAACGGAACCUGGAGGAGUCCUAUGAUGCUCUGAGUGAAGAACUGGCUAAAUUACAGGCCCAAGAAACUGUACAUGAAGUGGGCAAGGAGCAGGACCUGAUCCAAGAUACGGAUGAAGUCAAAAAGGCCCUUGAACUGCAACUGGAGAGUCACCGUGAGGCCCACCACAAGCAGCUGGCACGGCUGCGUGAUGAGAUCAACCAGAAGCAGAAGAUCAUCGAUGAGCUCAAGGACUUGAAUCAGAAGUUGGAGCUUGAACUUGAGAAACUCCGUGCUGACUAUGAGAAACUCAAGAGUGAGGAACAAGAGAAAUCGCAGAAGCUUCAGGAGCUGACAUUUCUGUACGAGCGACAUGAGCAGUCCAAGCAGGACCUCAAAGGGCUGGAGGAGACUGUGGCCCGUGAACUCCAGACCCUCCACAACCUUCGCAAGCUGUUCGUUCAAGACGUCACGACUCGAGUUAAGAAAAGCGCGGAGCUGGAACCCGAGGAUAGUGGGGGGGCUCAUUCCCAGAAACAGAAGAUUUCCUUUCUUGAGAACAACCUGGAACAACUUACAAAAGUUCACAAACAGUUGGAUCGCUGGGUCUCCAAGCUGGUUCGUGACAAUGCAGAUUUGCGUUGUGAGCUUCCUAAACUGGAGAAACGUCUUCGGGCUACGGCUGAGAGAGUUAAGGCCCUGGAGGGUGCACUGAAGGAGGCAAAAGAAGGUGCGAUGAAAGACAAGCGCCGUUACCAGCAGGAGGUAGACCGCAUCAAGGAGGCGGUGCGCUACAAGAACAGCAUGAAGCGCAACCACUCUGCACAGAUCGCCAAGCCAGUGCGACCAGGGCACUACCCUGCUUCAUCCCCCACCAACCCCUAUGGUGUCCGCAACUCUGACUGCAUCAGCUACACUAACAGCCUCUUCCAGAACUAUCAGAAUGUCUACCUGCAGAAUUCUGGCAGCACUGUGCAAGAUAGCUACUUUACCAAUGCCUCAUCUAGCAGUGGAAGCAGCUCCUCCAGUGCCCCACUGGCCUCUUAUCGGAAGCUCAAUGUGGAUAAUGGAAAUGCCACAGACAUCAACGACAACAGAAGUGACCUGCCCUGCGGUGUUGAAGCUGAGGACCAAGCCAAGCUCUUCCCCCUUCAUCAGGAGACUGCAGCCAGCUAAUAGCAACAGCACCACAAAUUGCCCAGGGAGCCGCAAUACACCAUCAGUUUCUAAUUGGGACGGAAGCCUCAACUCUGCAUGCUGCAGCCUGGCUUUCCAUGACUUCUGCUACAAAUGGGCCCUGUUUGUGUGUCCUGCUCUCUCUGUGUCCUGUAUAUUUAUCCAGCUGCUGCUUCACUUUCUCACUGUUUCUCUGUCCUACUCACUUAGUGGUAUACUCACUUAUAUCCUUGGGCCCCCUGCUCCUUAGUCCAGGAGGCAGUUGCCCUCUCCUCUCUUUUCCUGCCUCAGUUGCCUUAAGGGACUGGUUGCCAUUGAAGAACUGUGAUGUAGAAGCACCCUCCUGGGGGAACAGGUGCCUGCCUAAGAGAAGGGACUCAAGGCAUUUCCCUUGUAUCACAUUGACCCUAGCCUAAUGGAAAUCUCCCUCCCCAUGUCAGAUAGGCCUUACUGUACCCUAUAGGAAUUGGGCAUUACCAGGUUACUGGCUAGGUAGGUAGGCUGGGACAGCUCACCUGUUAUUGGCUAACUGCAAAAAUGUGUGGAGCAUCCAUCACUCAACCCUUGUCUUUACAAAGGGUUUCUCAAAGGGCAUAAAACAUGGAAAAAUAGCUUCACAUUUUUGAGCCUGCCAUGGUGCUUGAGCCUCAACUGUCUUUGGACUUGAAUUUCCAGUUUUACCUGGGUAUAUCUAACAGGUGAAGUUCACUGUGACAGUUCAGAAACAGCUAAGAAACCAAUCCAAGCAUGCAGAAGUGACUUUCUUCUUGCUUGCUUUCAAAGCUUGGGUAGUCAUCUCCUCCAGCUGGCGUGAUGGUUUUAGGGACUACAUAUCUUUUCUGAAGUUGAUCACUUACUGGCUAUCAGUGGAAAUGAAAUAGGAAAUUACAAAAUAAUGGGAGCCAUAAGGGGUAGAGAAGAAGGGUGGUUUUUGUAUGAGCCACCAACUAGGCAAGAGGAACACGUAGGCAGUUCCAUUUUAUUCUGUGAAGUUGAGAACAAGGUAAUUUGGGUUGGAGGAGGAAGAUUAGAGUUUGCAGAGCACACUGGCAGAAAUGUGGUUACCAGUUCUCUAACACUGUCCUGAACAACUGCAACUGAUGCACAUCCUGGAGGGCAGGCUAGGGUCUAAUGAUACUGCAAAGUGAGAUUUUUUUUAAAAAAAAUUGAGGCUGCUAUCAACAUAUUUUUGGUUGUUCCCUUUUUGUGUCUCUUGAUAGCUGGCUCAGUGGCCUUUAGUCUGUGUUUCCAUAUCUAUUCUUAAAGGGAACAGUGAGUCCACUGCACAUCUUCAAUUAAUGUCACUAUUUCUGAAUCACACUGAGCAGACUGGGUUGUGGGGGAAUGGGGAACGGCAGACUUUGGGGAGAGGAUAGGAGGAGGUUGCAGAUCUGCUUACUGUCAGAUUCCUUAAUAGCAGCAGCCCUGUUUGACCUUCUUGCUGGACUGCUGACACCCCGUCACUUUACCUCUGUCUGCUCAAAUCACACCAAACGUUGCAUGUUAAAAUAUUUAAAAGUUUAUUUAAAUAAAUAAAUAAACAAAUAUGUUAAAAAAACAUUUUGUAUGUAGUUGUGUGUCAAUUAAAAAUCAUGCAGUAGAAUGGAUAAACAGCAAGAACAAGUAAAUAAUCUGAAAUGUGUAAAAAUAUUAAUUCACUAGGAAGUAAGGCUUUAGUAUCGCAGAAAGAAAAAAAAUAUGCCUGGAAAAUAGAAUAGCAUCUUCGGCUGAACCAAUGUAGGUUGUAAAAACAUUCAGAUUUUUGAAUUUCACAUAACUCUUGUUAUGCUUGAUGAAAGGAAUGAAGAUUUCAGUAUUAAAAGAACAAGAAGCAUGGCACUGAGUUAGUAGUGCUUGAAAAACAUUAACACCAUGUUAUCCACAUAUUAAAAUCCUGUAUUAUUGGCAGCAAGCAAUUUUCGCCUCUAGGUUGCCAACAAAGGGCUGAAGGAGCUGAUGGUACAUACCUUACAGAGUAUUCCAUGUCUGCAAGAAAGCUGUUACAAGGGAUUGUAAUUUCCA